AUGAAUGGGUGAAGAGGUCUGCGCCAUUUCACCACUUAAGACUCCUGGUGAAUUAUUCAGGAAAAGUUGGAAGAAGUUCACUCAAGCAAACACAAUAAAUCCGCCUUUUGUCGCUGUUAUUUAUUGAAUUUUUGAAGUUUGGACGUAUGAAAGUUAGUUCCGAGACUAAUCCACAUUGAAGCAAAAACAUGCUGUUCACGAGAAUUCUGAUGCCACUCCUUUUUGCGUUCGGGUUGGUAGCCAACAUUUCAGCGGUGGCAAUCAUGCGACGUCAGUGGUCCAAGAUUAAGAAACAUAUUGUGACGCAUACUUUGAUCAGUCUGGCGGUGUCGGAUAUCAUCUAUCUCGCUGUUCUCGGAAUAAUGAGCACCGAACAGUUCUUGGGCCGAAUCAUUUCACCUUAUCUUUGCAAGCCAAAGUUUUUCCUGGACGUGCUUUCUCAGCAUGUGAGUGCAUGGUUGAUUGUGAUGAUGAGCCACGAGAGAUAUCAGGCCAUGAACAGUCCAUACACCUACAACUCCACCUUUCAGAACAAAAAUGCAUUCAUACUAGCUUUUGUGUGGCUAGUGGGCUGUGUCAUUUCUGCGCCCAUUGCAAUUUUCACUGAUGCAAAAGAGGGUACCUAUCCAGAUCUAAGAGCAGACCCUGAUUCCCCUAGGAACAUAACUGUUCUCCAUUGCGGCAGCUCAUGGGAUCCGACCUGGAAAUCUGUCUACUUCACAUCUCUGGCUGUCGUGGAGUGCUUAGUACCAGUGGCUGUGAUGGUAUUCUUCUAUAUCGGAGUGUUCAAAAAUUUUGUCCGUCAAAUAAGGAAUCCGAGAAGCGCUUUGUGCCACAUCAAUCAAAAUCGACUCAGUUUGGUGCUGGGUCUGAUCGUUCUCAGCUUUAUCGUCUCGUACGGACCCUUCUACAUGAUCCAGAUGGUAAACGAAUUCCACUUUCUGAAGAACCACCAACUAUCUGUCAUCUACAUGACAGUUGUGUUCCAAAUUCUGACAUAUGUCAACAGCUGUUUGAAUCCCAUUCUCUACAGCGGAUUCACAAAAAAAUUCAUGCUGAUUCGAGACCUGUCGGACUCGACUGCGCAAGGAAAUAAUCCAGCGACUGUACCGGAUGGCGACGGGGAUCGAUGCCUCGAAGAUAAAGCGCCGUAUGUUCCGUCUACAUCUUUUGAGCUUUCAAAUAAAAUGGUUUCCACCGGCGCCUAGCGUUCAACAUAUCAACUGGUUUUCAAGUUGGCAAACUUUAAAAUAUUGGAAGCUAAACAAAUUUUUCCUGCCUGCACGAAAUUGGAAUCUGAUCCCUGAAAAAUCCCCAAGGUUGCAUAAACGAACCCAUCUGCUGUAUUAGAAAAUGAAUUUCCUGUGUCGAGUUGCUCAACUAAUGAAUAGACUGCCAUUUGAUGAUUUUGAGGUUUCGAUCAAUCUCUGCAAAAGGAGAGAGCCAAUUAAUUUCAAAAACACAAAUUAUAUAUCUGAUUUAAACGGAUGAAAUGCAUAUGCCAAUAUGUUAAAAUUGAAAGCAAGGCUACUCCUGUCAUCGCUUCUAAUAAGAAUAUUCUUUUUGCCCUUGAAUGGGUUUAGAAUUCAGUUCAAAAUGUGUUUUUUUUUAAUGUUUUGGAUUUUUUCUAUUCACAAAGGAAUCGAUGUCUUUUGGGUUGAGGUAUGAAGUUUUAUGCAAAGUUGUUAAAUAAAAUAAUCGAUUAUUGUCCAUGAUAAUUCAGUGAACAAGCCUAUUUGGUUCCAAAUUUUGUUCCGAAAAAAAAUUGAAUGAGUUCGACAUUAUUUGAGACCAUCUCAUCAAAAAGACGAUGCAAAAAUUUGACAGAAUACAAAUUUUAAUGCAGCUAUAUGAUUAGGCCGAGCGCCUUAGUCUAAAUUUUCCAUAAUCUUAUAUAUCACACAAUUUAAGGACUCAAAUAGUGUAUUAUUGGAACUUGAUUGUGCUGAAAAAAGUUACA